AUGCCUAUUCCACCAAAAAUUCCAUUCAUCAAAGAGAUGCUGAUUUUUAUGCACAAAUACAUUGAGCGGAUCGUCAAUGUUGCAGGGGACGGUAAAUGCGGUUACCGGGCUGUCUCGGGGUUGUUUGGUAAUGGAAAAGAUAGCCAUACUCUUGCCCGUUAUCAACUUAUCCAAGAGUUAAAGAAGCAUAAAGACUCGUACAUGCGGUUAUAUGGAGAAGAAGUUAAAUUUGAAGCGGUUAACGAAGCUCUUGUUCCUUGGUUGGGCGCUUAUGCGCCGGUGUCAAAAUGGAUGAGAUUCUUGAAAAUGGGACAUCUUAUUGCAUGCGCGUAUGAUAGUGUGUGCAUUGACUUGACACGUUAUGGUUUUUUGGAAACCUUCUUCCCUCUCCACACCGCACCAUCAACAAAUCCAAAUGAUCACAUCAUGUGUAUUGGAUGGCUUUCAAAUUCGAGUCAUUUUGUGCAAGUUUACUUGAAACCGAGAUGCCCCAUACCUCCUACGUCACCGGAAUGA